UACGUGACGGUUCUGUCGUCACAGGGCCUGGUUAGUGAAGAGUUAGGAGAGAAAACACCAUCACAUCUAAUUCUGGUUGUUUAAACGUCGCAGCGUUUGUUUUAUACACUGGGAUACAAACUAGAAGAUCUUGUGAUCCUACACAGAAGUUUCACACGCUGUCGUUAAGAGCCAGGAUGUCUUUGUUUGUGAAAUUAUUCGGUAGCAGUGGGAAAGGUGGUAAAGCUUACAGUCCUCAAGAGGCUAUCCAGCGACUUCGAGAUACAGAGGAGAUGCUGACGAAGAAGCAAGAAUUUCUGGAGAAAAAGAUGGAACAGGAACUCCUCACGGCCAAGCGAAACGGUACAAAGAACAAAAGAGCCGCACUACAAGCUUUGAAGCGCAAGAAGCGAUAUGAGAAGCAGUUGGCUCAGAUUGAUGGAACGUUGUCCACCAUUGAGUUCCAGAGGGAGGCGCUGGAGAAUGCUAACACUAACACUGAGGUCAUCAAGAACAUGGGUUUUGCUGCUAAGGCCAUGAAAGCUGCUCAUGAUAACAUGGACAUAGACAAAGUUGAUGAACUCAUGCAGGAUAUGACAGAGCAGCAGGAGUUGGCACAAGAAAUCUCAGAUGCAAUUUCAAAGCCUGUUGGGUUUGGCGAGGAAUUUGAUGAGGACGAGUUGUUGGCUGAAUUGGAGGAGUUGGAGCAGAAGGAGCUAGAUAAGAACCUGCUGGAGAUCGGAGGCCCAGAGAAUAUACUGCUGCCAAAUGUGCCCUCCACAUCCCUACCUUCUAGACCAGCAAAGAAAAAAGAAGAGGAGGAAGAGGAUGAUAUGAAGGACCUGGAGGCUUGGGCAGCCAAUUAAUACAUGCUGAUGGUUACAAAAACACCCCCCCCCUUCCCCCCACAUGUAUACAGUUGCAACUGGUCAAACCAGCUAGAGUUGAUGGGUUGUUUUUUGUUUUUUUUUAAGCUGUUUGAACUGAUGAGUAUGAAUGAGAAAAGUAAAAAAAUGCAACUAUUGAAACAAAUGCUACUACUCUAUACAUCCUGUCACACUUCUUAGAAUUUCCGCAUAAGCAUGGUCAAGUCAUCAAGCAUGAUGAAUAUUAAGCUGCAUAUAUCUCAGUGCUCUUCCUCAUCGGUGGACAUAGAGUAAAAAGUGUUUUCUGGACGAUCCAGUAUUAAGUGAAGUAUUUAUCCACAUCUCAUUCUCAAACAAAAGGAAAGAACCCUGUACUCAUUAUGUAUAUUAUUUCAGAUGGGAAAGUAUUAUACAUGUAUGUACACAUACAAAGGAUUAUACAUGUAUGUCCACAAAAAAUUGACACUCAGUUUACAGGUUUACAAUUUAUUCGUUUCUUCUUCCGCAACUGUUUACACAAGGUUAUCCAAACACUAAUUUCUUUAUGAAAAUUGCUUCAUUGAAAAUAGGACUUCUUUGUCCCUUACUGUAUUGAGCAUAUAAGCACUUGAGUGAAAUAGUCAUAACCAUGACCAAAGCUCAUCAAGCGUAUUUGUGUGUUGGUUUUGAAAAAUCUCUUGAAGUGCCCUCUUUGUAAAGAACUUUUGAAACAUGCAUUGUGAAUUACAUUUUUUUUUCUAAUAUGCUUGUAUAAGCAUGUAACUGAGUGACUCUGAUAUCUAAUGCUACUAGUGAUUUCAUGAUUUACUUUACGAGAAAGUUCUAGACUCCCAAGGAAUGAUGAAUGUGUGUCUGCUUUUUAAGUACGAAUGUGUUUUGCAAAAGGGGUUUGAGAUACCGAUUCAUUUAAUAUUCUUUUCUUUUUAUUGGUUAUGCCUCUGGGUUCAUCCUGUUUCAUUGGUUAUUUUAUCAUUAGGUUUUCUCUUGUUUAAAAAAGAAAUUUAUAAGCAGCAAUUUAUAUGACACGUGUUUUGUUAUUUAGAUUUCUUGUUUAUGUGCAAAGCUACUCGUUUUCGCUGUCGCCUUUCCUAUUUACAGCCUCCCCAGCUUGCAUUCUGUUGACAUCCCGUUCAGUUUCCUUAUGUACAUGCCUGAUCUAAAGGUUUUGAUAAAGGACUCCUUGAAAUUUUGCUGAAACCUUUCAUUUAAUUUGAUGCUGAUUUGUGCUGUUGAAAAGUAUUUCACCAUGUAAACUUGUUUUCCAUCUAUAGAAUCAUAAAAUGUGUUGUAUAUCUUUAUAUAUUUAUUGAAUAAAAUAUUGUUGAAAAGCAGAAACCAAAUGGAAUAUCUCAGAUU